AUGUCUGACCAUCCUGUCGCCAAUGGCGUUAAGACACCAGUCACCCCUCCCAAAAUGAAUGGCUUCGCUUUGACCGAAUACACCGCCGCUCCCACGCCUCCCUCAGAGCGCAACCCGCGUUUCCCUGGAGUGCCCCCAGACUGGGGAAUUCCCGAAUCUUGCCUGCUCCCCAAUGGCUACCCUGAUUAUCUCCGCCUGAUCUUGACAUCCCGCGUUUACGAUGUUCUCGACGAAACCCCCCUCCACCAUGCCGUCAACUUGAGUAACCGACUCGAGAGCCGAGUCCUCCUCAAGCGUGAGGAUUUGCUACCGGUCUUCAGCUUCAAACUUCGUGGCGCUUACAACAAAAUGGCUCACCUGAACGCCGAGCAGCGGUGGAAGGGUGUGAUUGCAUGCUCGGCUGGAAACCAUGCGCAGGGUGUCGCUUACUCUGCCCGCAAGCUUAAGAUUCCCGCGACUAUUGUUAUGCCCUCAGGAACUCCGGCUAUUAAGCACCGCAACGUCGCUCGUCUUGGUGGAAGUGUGGUUCUUCACGGAAAUGACUUCGAUGCGGCCAAGGACGAGGCCCACCGAUUGGAAAAGCAGCACGGCUUGACCAAUAUCCCACCAUUCGACGACCCGUACGUUAUCGCUGGUCAAGGUACGAUUGGAAUGGAGCUGCUGCGCCAGGCGAACUUGGAUAAGCUGGAGGCAGUCUUCUGUGGCGUUGGUGGCGGUGGUCUGAUUGCUGGUAUUGGUGUUUACAUGAAGCGCAUUGCGCCUCAUGUCAAGGUGGUCGGUGUGGAGGCCUACGAUGCCAACGCCAUGGCUCAGUCAUUGGAUGAGGGCACACGAGUUUUCCUGAAGGAGGUUGGCCUCUUUGCUGAUGGUGCCGCGGUCAAGUCCGUUGGUGAGGAAACCUACCGUGUUAGCCGUGAUGUGAUCGAUGAGAUUGUUCAGGUCUCUACCGAUGAGAUCUGUGCUGCCAUCAAGGAUGCGUUCGAGGACACCCGAACAGUCGUCGAACCCGCCGGUGCUCUUUCCCUCGCCGGUCUCAAGAAAUAUGUUGCCAACAACCCUAGCCCCGACACCAACCGUGAGCUGAUUGCUAUCACCUCCGGCGCCAACAUGGACUUCGACCGUCUCCGCUUUGUGGCCGAGCGGGCUGCCCUUGGCGAGAAGAAGGAGGCUCUGCUGAGUGUCAAGAUCCCCGAGACACCCGGUGCCUUUGCCAAGCUCAUUGAGGUGAUCCUGCCUCACUCCGUGACCGCUUUCAGUUACCGGUUUGCACAGGAGCACGUUGCUGAUGUGCUGAUGGGCAUUCAACUAUCUGCUGUGACUGGUCGGGAUGACCUGGCGAAGAUUAUGGAGGAGUUGGAGAGCUCAGGAAUGUCAGUUCAGGACCUCAGCGAUGACGAACUUGUGAAGCGCCACGUUCGCUUCCUUGUUGGAGGUCGCUCCAACGUGGCGGACGAACGUCUAUUCAUGUUCGAGUUCCCGGAGCGACCAGGUGCUCUGGCCAAGUUCCUGACCACUCUCCGUCCCAACCAGAACAUCUCCCUCUUCCACUACCGCAACUACGGUGGUGACGUCGGCAAGGUCCUGUGUGGUAUCCAGUGCCCUACUACAGAGAAGGAUGAGCUCGAGUCGUUCCUUCGCGACCUAGGCUACCCCUUCAGCGAGCACACCGAUUCCCCUACCUACCAGACUUUCCUUCGCUCGUAA